AAUUGGGUCCGUGACACUCCCUUCUAAACAUGGCGGAGAAGACGGCGCCUGUAUCAGCCAGAGUUGUCUUGCAGCAAUGCUUGCACGCAAAACUGCAGGUCAAACCUGCAGAAGUCGAUUCGGAUGCGGAGUGGGUUGAGAUUCAGAGGGGAAUGGUGAUUUACAUCUGCUUUUUCAAGGGGGCCACGGAAGGAAUUAUUCCCAAAAUGGUGGGCGCGCUGUUAAACGUGAAGCUGUGCGAGCUGGACUCCGGUAAAUACGUGUCGGUGCUGGACCUGCCCGGCCAUGUGCUGGUCGUCCCCCAGGCCACGCUGGGCGGCAGAGCCAAGGGGAAAAGCAUGCAGUACCACGGCAACAUCGACAAGGAGGACGGCAAGAGGCUGUACGAGCUGUUGGUGUCCCGCUGCGAGCAGCAGCUGUCCUCCUCCGGCGCCUGUGUGGAGGCGGGGGUCGCGGUGCAGCACGGGACCUACGGCAACAGGCAGGUGCUGAAGCUGGACACCAACGGCCCCUUCACCCACCUGAUGGACUUCUAGCACACGGCUCGGCUGUGGCACUUUCUCACUGGGGUCCGAAGGCCGAGACGGGAACAAGAUUUCUGCCGUCGCAGGAUGCAAACUCCGGGGCUCCCUUUUUAGGGAUGCUGGUUUAAAAAAAAAAAAUGUCGGUUUUGAGAAGGCCUGAGGGGGGAGAAGAGAAACAAACCGGUGUACAGAUCUAGUCCCAUGUUUUGUGAAAUGAAGUUGAUUUAUGAUGCCUCUGACAAUGUGUAACCGAUCUGUGGCUUGAGAUUAACACGUUUGUGCAUUAACGCACAACGGCUGUACGGUAUUUAAAUGUGAGAUUGUAUAGUAUAGGAGGUAUUUGUAUUUCCAGCUAAUGAGUUACUGCGGGGGGG